GACAAUAAUAAGACCAGCGCCUGUGGCGGAGGUGCAUCUGUUUGGAAGAGGUGGCACAGCUGUCACUGAGGGACUAGGUGACGCGAGGGGAGCCUUUUUUUAAAAAUUGUGUGUCGCGUGUGUGGUUUAUAAAAAAAAUUGCGUUGGUUUGUGGCCCGGUUUCUGUCUGUCGCGGAGAUGGGAGAUUGUGCGCAGGAUGUGAACGCGAACCCGCUGCAAGGAGAUAUCCAUCACGAUGGAGACCAGGAGCUGGAGCGGGCUCUCUGCCAAUGGCUGUUGUGGGACCAGAAUCCUAAGACUAAAGCUGAGAUUGAGAAAUUGCUACAUGAUGGGAAGAAGAAGGAACUGCGUGACCGCCUGUGCUGCAGAAUGACAUUUGGGACUGCAGGGUUGCGGUCUUCCAUGGGUGCUGGUUUCUCCUGCAUUAAUGACCUGACAAUCAUACAGUCCACUCAGGGUUUGCUUAAGUACCUUGAGAAGUGCUUCUCCGACCUGAAGCAAAGAGGUGUUGUGGUUGGAUAUGAUACUCGAGGUCAAGAGACUACGAGCUGUAGCAGCAAGAGACUUGCCCAGUUGACUGCUGCGGUCUUCCUUGGAAAGGAUAUACCUGUGUAUCUGUUUUCUACAUAUGUGCCAACACCAUUUGUGCCAUAUGCUGUUAAGCAGCUUCACGUUGCAGCUGGUGUAAUGAUUACUGCUUCACAUAAUCCCAAACAAGACAAUGGAUACAAGGUUUAUUGGGAAAAUGGAGCUCAAAUUGGAUCUCCUCAUGAUAAGAGAAUCUUGGAGAGUAUUGAAGAAAGUUUGGAACCCUGGCAGGAUUCAUGGAAUGCAAAAUUGCCUGAUGUUAGUCCUUUGCGGCAUGACCCUCUGGAUGAAGUCUGUACGCUGUAUACAGAGGAUCUGAAAAAGUUGUGCUUCUACAGAGAACUUAACAGAAAGACAUCGCUCAAGUUUGUGCACACUUCCUUUCAUGGUGUUGGGCAUGAGUAUGUGAAGUCAGCUUUCAAGGCAUUUGACUUUGCACCACCCAUUCCAGUUCCAGAACAGAAGGAUCCAGAUCCGGAAUUUUCAACGGUCAAAUGCCCCAAUCCAGAGGAGGGAGAAUGUGUGCUGAUUCUUGCAAUCAAGCUGGCUGAGAGAGAAGCUGCUCGAGUUGUAUUGGCCACAGACCCUGAUGCAGACAGACUGGCUGUUGCAGAACAGCAAGAAGAUGGCAGUUGGAAGGUGUUUUCUGGAAAUGAGCUUGGGGCUCUCCUUGGGUGGUGGAUGUUUAAGUGUUGGAAGGACAAACAUCCAGAUCCAGCUGAUGUGAAGGAUGUGUAUAUGCUGGCAACCACAGUCUCAUCUAAAAUCUUGCAGGCACUCGCAAUUCACGAAGGCUUUCACUUUGAGGAAACCUUGCCGGGGUUUAAGUGGAUUGGAAAUCGAAUUGACGAACUCUUGCAAGGUGGAAAAGAAGUACUCUUUGCAUUUGAAGAGUCCAUUGGGUUUCUAUGUGGUACACUAUUGCUUGAUAAGGAUGGGGUGAGUGCUGCUGUCAUCGUAGCAGAAUUAGCAACAUACCUGGAAACCAGAAGACUCACCAUAACUGAUCAAUUGAAUAACAUUUACAGAACGUAUGGUUAUCACCUCUCCAAGACUUCCUACUUUAAAUGCUAUGAACCUGCUACAAUCAAAAGAAUAUUUGAUCGACUUCGAAACUACAGAAAAGACAAUCAAUAUCCAGAUUAUUGUGGGCCAUUUGAAAUUUUGCAUGUGAGAGAUGUAACUACUGGAUAUGACAGUAGUCAGCUGAACAAGAAGUCAGUGCUGCCCAUAAGCAGAAGCAGCCAAAUGAUCACCUUCAGCUUUAUGAAUGGCUGUGUCGCGACUCUUCGUGCCAGUGGCACUGAGCCAAAGAUCAAAUACUACGCUGAGUUCUGUGCACCACCAGGCCAGAGUGGCACAGCUUACCUGGCUGAAGAGCUGAACAAACUGAUCGGUGCAAUGGUCAAGAACUUCCUAGAGCCAGAAAAGAAUGGUCUGAUUGCUCGUGUGUAAACUGAUUCUGCACUAGCAAGUGUGUGUGCGUGUGUGUCUGGAGUUGGAGCAAAAAAGCACAGAGCAAAUGUCACCUGUUUACACUAAAGAGCUGGAAGUCAGGAUAUUAUGGGUGAUACAGAACCAACCUGCUGAGUAGUGACAAAUCUACACUUGGAUGACUUUGAAGCCCUUCAGUAUUCUGGAAAGCAGCUAGCUUCAACCUGGUGAAGUUGUCUAUUUGUUGACCAGGAAAUCUUGUGUCAUUUUACAUCUUUGCUUUCUGCUUCUUGAUGCUGCAUGUUCAUUCAUUGGCUGCAGCUUCCCCUGUUUAACAGAAACUUGGUCACAAAGUCAUUCAGUUCCACUAAAUGGCCUGAGAUCAGGUUCAUGCAGUCAGUGUUUUGCAUUAUAGAUGCUCUAUUUGCAAAUUCAAGACACAGCCCCAGUAUCGACAGCUUGAGAGGUCUGUAAAUGUGCAGACAAACUGGGUACCAUUAUAAUGAAAGUCACUCUAUGAUGUGACACUCUGUCCUUGGAUUUUUGCCCCUCUGUACAUUUACAAUUUGAGAUCUUCCAUUGAUCCCCUUCCUUCUUGCUUAGUAUUUCUUUGAUUUUGUUUUUGUUAAUUUGCACAUAAGUCUUACAUUGUGAACUGGAAACUAUUGGUAUAUUUGUGUUUGCAAAAUUUACUGUCCUUUUAUAUGUCAUUCUUAGUAAGAUUUUUUUCUGUUGUGUCUUCCCAUGCUAGACACGGAAAAGGUGAAUUGCCACAACUUGGGAUCUAACUCUGACCCUUACUGGCUCUUGUGGGAAACUGGGUAGCCUCUACCUAAUCGUUAGCCUGUUACAGAUAUCGCAGUCUCUUCACCUUGUGUGCUGUUCUUUUCACUAUUUACAAACAAAUUUCACAGUAAACUGGCAGCCCACUGCUGAGGAUAGACACCUGCCAGCCCUCUGUCUAGUUCAGAAUUGGAUUAGCACUGUCAGUUUAAAAGAUACUGCCCAUGACUGUGCGAUCAAACAUUUCACUUGUGGACAUAGCCUUUUGUAUGGUCCAGGAUUGUGUAUCAGACUUCAUCCAAUCAGUCUUCAGUAUCACAAUUACAGCCUGGUCACCCUGACACCAGUUGGAUGGUUGCAAUAUGUGGUAAUGUGAACAGCAAUGAUGAUUCUGUCAGCUAUUGUUUCUGGACGGCUAGUUUUUGUACCUCUUUGCUGCUGUGAAAUUAAUGCCAGCACAUGUACUCAUGAAUUGGGUGUGAGCUGGUGUCUUUGUGAGAGAGAUAGUGUGUGUGCGCGUGCGCCCUUAAAGCCUUAGUGUGUAUGAAUCUACAGUUUUUUGUUUUUUUUUUGAGACCUGAAUAGCUGCUGCUGAGGGUGUUUGGGUGGACAGCAAGUGAGAUUCUAGUCCCACAGUCUAUUCAUACCUAUGUCCACUUGUGCACUUUAGGCAGAAGUCUUAACAAUAGUCUUAAGAGAACAUACUUAGAAUAUUUAUUUUAUUUAAUUAUUUGCAGAGAUAUACAAUGAAUGAACUAGAAGUCUUAUUUUGCAUUUCAAAGUGUUUAUUUUACACACUGCAAAAAGGAGAUUUCAUUCUUCCAAGUGCUGACUGCAGUCACAUUUUAAUUAUAAUGUUAAUUGUAUGGCUCUGUUGUAGGCUAAAACCUACACAUGACUGAAACAUACAGUCCAGAAGAUCCAAGUUUGGUUCCUAUUGUGUUCUAAGAGCUAAUCCCAAGCAGGUUAUUCAAAAAAAAUGAUAUCCUCCCCAAGUUGGGGAGUGUAAAGUUAUUCUGUUCUUUAAGACUGUCCUGAUUCCUAAUAAAACUUCUUUGCAGACAUCAGGUAGAAUCUAGAUCAUUUGGCUCAGCUGUGAUGCACUCCAUGACCAAUAUCCUGCUGACACUGGUCACCUUGGCACACAUGUGAAUAUCAGGCCAGUGUGAGGUAUCAGCGUGUGCAUUGUGCUAGUGAGUUUGGCCAAAACCUGAACCAGCAUUUUAAAGGAAGGAAGCAGAGUGGGUUUAAUUAGAGGAGGGCUGACACAAGCAUAAUGGGCCAAAUGGCCUCCUCCUGUGCUGUAUGAUUCUAUAAAAAGAGAUGGGAUAAAAGAAACCCAACCAUCUUACUCACCAACCAGAGUCUUGCCCAGUCAAUUAAUUCAAACUGUGCCCAGUCUGGAAGUGGCUAUUUGUAAUCGGCUGUAAAUAGUAAGUAAUUUUUUUCUCUUUUAAUUCCAACUGCAAACUUAUUCUCCAAGAGAUGUGAGGAAUGUUAUUUGCUUGUUGUUAAACCUAUAAUCUCUUCUUUUGCACUGGUUCCAAAGAAAAUAUGAACAAGUGAUUGUUUCUGAAAUGCUUUAGUGAAGUUUUGAGUGAGGACAAAGUGGGUAAACUGCCACCCAAACCAUCUGGUGUUUUGUUAAGUGUCUUUGAAAAUGAAUUUUCAGAAGUUUUUUUUUAGGAUUUUUAAGGGUGAGAGAAGUAGAUUUAUUUUCAGUAUUUCAACAGCUAUAGGGAAGGUUUUGCACUUUGUGAAAAUGUUUGCUAACUUCUGUUCUCUGGUGAGGAUGGUGUUCCAAGCUCCUAUCAUCUUAUAUUCAUCAAAACUGCUGGACAUUAAUUCACUGGCGUGGAAGAUUGUUGGGAACGACAUGGUUGUUAACUUGUAUGGACAAUUAUUAGGAAAGACAAAUGCUUCCAGUCUUUCUCCAAAAUGUCCACUUUCUGUUAACCUUGUACCCUUAUCGUUGAGAUCUUUUGUGCCAUUGUUUGGAAUAUGAACUCCUUUCUGAUCCCUAAAUUUGAGUCUGUCCAAUAAAGGCAGAAAUGUAGUGGAAACCUGGUUUGACAUUAAUUAGCCAGUCUCUUUCAGAGCACUAAGGAUGAGAGGAUGCUGAUUCUGGGGACUGGAAUUGCUUGAGUGCUUUUACUCAUCAAUUCUGCGGCUGCUUCAAACACCACUUGUCCAUGUGGUUCAAAACCUUGGUGGUCUGGCUUUGAUGCAGGUUCUGUUGGCAUUCUGAGCUGCUGCCAGAUGUGCUAACUCCCUGCUUAUCUGUUAGAGGAGGAGUCUGGCCUUGUGCUGCUGCUCCUCACAUCUGCUAACCGAAGCAGUCUGAUGCUAACCAGUAGCUCAGGUUCUGAUUUCCACAUGAAGAGUUGAAAAAGACCUACACAGAGCCUACUGAGGGAGUCUUUGGAUGCCACAUUGCCUAGGACCCUUUCUGCUCCCUAUGUUUAAUGAACAGGAAGUCCACACUAUAUUUAAACAAAUUUAGGUCCAGCCAAAGGGUGCAAUUCAAUCUGCCUAUACUGCUGCUGCAGGUUAUCGUGCUGAUGAUGAGUUUAAAAUGCUUAACCUAUACAUGCACAACUCUGUAUGCAAAAGCAGCUGGAACAUUUUGCCUAAUUAUGUUUGUUACUGACUGUAAUUAGUGAUAUUACCUCACUGUGUACUGGCCGGGGAAUCCUACAUGUUACGUGUUUUCAUUGAAAUACAUGCAAUCUAACUGUAUGAUAUUAUCCCUGCUUUCCAAAGUAUUAAUUUUUGAAGAAGAGCUGCUCGGGCUCAUGGGGUAAAUAGUAAAUUUCAGUGGUCCUGUGUCUUGACUUCAGUUGUUUUGAAUUGCUCACUCUUCUCCUUGUGGUUGCUUAUUGAAUCUACUCUGAAAUGGAGGAAGUGUUCACAUUAUGGCUGGACUGGGGUGACUGAUAUCUACAGCUCAUUCGUAAGUGUGGCAGUUUGUACUAGAGAUAUACAGUUCAGCUGCUCUUCUUUCUGUAAUCUAUAACCUCAAUCCUGCCAAAAUAUUUGAUUUACCUAGUUCUGUGUUUUUAUUCAACCUUCUGUUGCUUAUCCCAGCUCUUUACUAAGGUUCAGAUUUAAAUUAAAGCUCUGAAUGUGGGUAUUCAAACUGGUCCCAAUAGAUAGUGCACCUGCUGAAAUGGCCAUUCUAACCCCAUGAACUGGAGCAGUCAUUUAAUAAGAACUUGCACUUCUCAUGUUCUGUAUUGGUUGUAUAUUUAUUUAUGGAUGUCAUUUAUGAAUUAAAAUCUAUAAAGAACAAAACUGAAAAAUAAA